AUGCGAGUGUGGCUCCUAUCGCUGUUGCUCUGUGUUGUAGCCACAAAAAGUCAGGAGUUGCAAACAUUUGGCACUGGCUUGUCUAGUCAACGGCUCCACAAAGCUGAAACUGAGAUUUUCAGUUAUACGCUUUCUGCCGGUGCGACAUUUGGUGUACUGACCCAUUUUUGGACAACUGGCGACGCAGCUAUUGAUCAGUCUAUUUUUUCGUACUACAUCGAUGGAGAAUCGGUUCCUUCGAUUCAAUUCGUCACGUACAUGUUAGCUGGAGCUGGAUUUAAUGAUAGAUCUGCUCCUUGGGGAACGAAGUGGAUUGGUAAAGGAGCAAAAUCAGGUGGAUGGUUCAAUAACUUUCGCGUUCCAUUCCAGAAAUCCAUUCGAGUAACUGGUCGAUUACCAGAUACUAGCGGUGACGAUAAAAUCAUCUGGAUCAUUGUUCGGGGAACGGAAAAUUUACCAACUUCAUUUCACGGUUUCACACUUCCACCAACAGCUCGUUUGACCUUGCACAAAAUCGAAAGCGCCACAUACGAUCCAUUAGCGUGGGUUCGUGUUGCUGACAUACCCACUGGUCGUGGUUUACUUUUUUCACACACAUUGGCUGUUAGUAGUGGAAAUUUAAAUUUUCUUGAAGGUUGUUAUCAUGCCUAUACUCAACACGAACAACAAUUCCCAGGUUUAAUCGUUUCAACCGGAACAGAAGAUUACUUUGAUAGUGCUUUCUAUUUUGAUGGUGGCCAAUUUCAUUUUGACGUUUCGGGCUUUACCCAUUUUCAACAAGUGACGAACACCACAUUAGAAUGGUCGGCGUAUCGUAUGCAUGACUUAGAUCCAAUCUUCUUUACGAAUGGUUUCCGUUUCGAAUGGCGAAAUGGAGAUGUUGUCGAUGAUCGCGGAUUUAAAUGCAUCGUCGAUCAAGGUGGACACGUUGUUGGAUCACCAACACAAUCAAAUGUCACAUCAUAUGCAUGGGUUUACGUUUGGUAA